AUGCACAUCGAUAUCGCUGUGGUCUGCAUAUCACGUGUGUCGUUCUCGCACUAUAUAGUUAUUGUGGAACGGCCCUUGUGUUGGGAAACAACGGCCUCUCCAUCAAGUCCAACACCUGCUGGUACAGGGGGUAUGGGAUCAGGGAUGGGCAUGGGUGGCUUCCCUAAUAUGGGCAAUAUGGGAAGUGGCGGGCUUCCUGGUAUGGGAGGCUUGGGAGGAAUGGAUAUGCAACAGGCACAGCAGCAGAUGAUGCAGAAUCCGGAGAUGAUGAAUGAGAUGAUGAACUCACCCAUGAUGCAGGCCAUGAUGGACAACCCCGAGGUAAUGCGCACAGUGAUGACCAGCAAUCCGCAAAUACGGGCCCUGAUGGACUCUAACCCACAAGUGGCACAGAUGUUCAACGAUCCAGCCAUGAUUAGAGAGAUGAUGGCUACAAUCAGAAACCCGAACCUAAGGAACGAAAUGACGCGGAGUAACGACAGAGCGAUGGCAAACAUAGAAUCACUGCCGGGUGGUUCAGCGGCUCUCGCGCGUAUGUACAACGAAGUGCAAGAGCCUCUCAUGAACGCUACCACACAACAACAAGCAGACGCCAAUCCGUUCGCUGCGUUUGCGCGGGGCGGGACAAAUGGCGGAGGUACAGGAGACAAUGCACAGCCAGCCCCCAAUCCCUGGGCACCCAAUCCCACGGCACAGACACCUGCCAGCAAUACAGGGGCUGCAAAUACAACGAAUACCUCAUUUGGGUCAGGAACGGCUGGCGCGGCACAAGCGAAUCCCUUUGCGGCCAUGGGAGGAAUGGGCGGCAUGCCUAUUAUGGAUCCAGCACAGAUGCAGUCCGCAAUGGCUAUGAUGCAGAACCCAGCCAUGCGCGGCAUGAUGGAAUCGGCAAUGCAAGACCCACGGUUUAGAGAAACCAUGACUCAGAACCCCAUGGUGCAGAAUAAUCCUAUGCUCAGAGCUAUACUAAACGACCCCGAGGCAACCGCCAUGAUGUUCAACCCAACCACUCUCAACGCCAUAAUGCAGCAGAGUGGGGCAGGUAUGCCUGGUAUGGCCGGUGCUGGCGCAGGAGAUACUGGCUCAACGGCUCAGAAUGCAGCGCUGAUGAACGCGUUCGCCGGCAUGGGGGGAAUGGGGGCUUCAGCUGCGCCUGCGGACGCUCGACCGCCUGCCGAAAGAUUCGCUACACAAUUAACACAAUUACAAGACAUGGGCUUUUACGAUGAGGAAACAAAUAUCAACGCGCUGACGGCGACUGGCGGAAACGUCAAUGCCGCUGUGGAGCGUCUCCUGCAAUGAGAGAUAUGAUGCUCGCAUAAAGUUGGAUUAAAGACGCAUGAUCUAUUUACAUGGGUGUGAUUUCCACGACUUGAUUUCAUUGGAUCGGACGAAGCUGUUUCUAUGUCGCGCGCUACACUGUCAAAUGUCAAUUCUGUUCACUCGUGUUUUAGGGUUCUAGAGUGUUAGCCUAAGCCGCUCAAUGCGUCAAUGUGCCUUGCAUAAAUAUAUGCGUUACGGUUGGGAUCAGAUGUAAAUUGAAGUCCUUUAUGAAACCCGGCGGGUUUGACACAUUGUGACAGAACCGCACGAGAAGGUGGCCAAAUUCUUAAGAGUUGCAAGGGCACCACACCUAUCCGAGGGUUUCAUAUUGUGAAGUUUGCAUAUGCUCAUACUUGACAUAAAAUUUUAUUGAGUGACGUAGAAUUUUCAUUUUAAUACAAGCAUGUGUGUGUUCACGCAUCGGACUACCCAAUACUAUAGGUGUGUGCAACAGAGGAGCUGAGCUUAAUUUUUCAACCCACCCUGAGAAGAUGUCGGAAAGUAUUACCUUCGGUUUAAAUAGUUGUCUUGCUUAGAUCGGAGACGUUUUCGAUCUCAUCGUACAAUUGUGCGAUCUGGCCUUGGUACUUCUUGGUGGCAUUCAAACGCUUCAGUUUGAAAGUGGGUGUGAGCAACUCAUUGUCGAUACUGAACAACUCUGGCUCAACAAUGAAGUCUUUGAGCUUCUCGAAUCCGUUUAACUUGCUCUCCUUGUGCAUCGCCUCGAGUUCCGAGGUCAGCAAAGCGUUCAACUCGGCGGAUUUGGCAAUGCUUGCAACAUCACCAUGGACAUUGUUCGCCUUAGCCCACGCAAGAAUCAGUUCAUGGUCAGGCACCACGACGGCCACAGGGUACGCGUGAAAUGAGUCGCCGGUUACAAACACCUGCGCAACGUGAUCGCACUUUCCGUACAUGGCCUCCAGAUUCUCAGCAGCAAGGUACUCGCCCUGAGAAAGCUUGAAGAUGGACUUCUGGCGAUCAAUGAUCGAUAAAGUACCGUCGGGAUUCCAUCGGCCUACAUCGCCAGUGUGGAACCAACCUUCCUCAUCGAUAGCUUCUUUCGUCUGUUCAGGGUUUUGCAAGUAAGAUCCAAAUAUGUUAGUUCCUCGUUCACAUACCUCACCGCGGAGUAGUUCAUCGGUGGUGAGAUAGUUCCAUGUCAGGGAUGCUGACCAGCUUGAUUUCAUUCGACUCCAGCGGGGCUCCUACAUGGCCUAGCUUCAUAUCGUUGUAGUGAGCGGCUGCGGCACCAGCCGUCGUCUCAGUCAAACCAUAGCCGAUCAAGAUGACAGGGCACACACAGACACGCAGGAACUCGUGAAUAGCUACUCCAAGGGGUGCUGAACCAGUCAGAAUCCACUUGACACGGCCUCCUAGAGCCAUGCUCAUUCGAUCGAAGACCUUUUCAUUGAGUACCGGGGUGUCCUCACCGCGCAUGAGAGCUGCGAGACGCAUGUUGUACGCACCCUCGAAAGCUGCCUCCUUCUCGGGACCGCCAGCCUUUACCUCUGUCUGAUCUUAUCGUAUAUACGGGACAGGAUACGCGGUACAGCAGUGAAUAAUGUUGGCCUCAAAGCCUGGAUGUCAAACACCAGCUCUGGUAGUUUUCUUAUGUAGAAUCCAAUACAGCACCCCUGAUCAAUACACACAGCCUGGAUCACCCGUUCGAAGAUAUGAGCCAACGGCAGGAACGAGAAGUGUAUGUCCUAGUUGCCAAUAUGGACGCGCCUCUUCAAUGAUACAACUUCCGACAUCAUGCACCUGUGGGUAAUUUGCACUCCUUUAGGCUUUCCUGUGAUACCUGAGGUGUACAUAGGUACCGCUACAUCGCCUGCAGUAGGGGGUCAUGUUCAGCUACAUUCUUCGCACCCAAAUCCAACAGUUCUUUUAGAAAAAAUAGCGUAACGCCGGCGUCCGAAAACUUAGCCUUAUCUUCAGAUGUUAUUUCAUCGAAGCAAAUAGCGUACUUGAGGUUUGGAAGUCCCUUUGCGAUCGCUUCAAGGACAGAUUCAAGACGAAUCUUUUCGAAGAAUGCUGCAACCAUCUCGCUAUGUUCCAUCACAUAGUGGACAGAUGUAGGACCAAGUGUAGUAUAAAUGGCAACAGUUGGUAGCGUGUAUGACGAAAGAGCAUGAUCCGUCAAUGUCCAUUCUGCUCGAUUCUUGGCGUAUUCCUGGCAACGCCCAAUGACUUCAGAGCAGAGCCAAUGUGAGUGGCAGUCUCAUCAGCCUCCUUGAAAGAUAUAAAUUUGUAGUCACCAGUGGUUGUGCUGCCAUCCUCAUUCUGCACCACAGUGCGCUCACCCAAAUAAGGGCGGUCCUUGUUGUUAGCAACGGUGGUCUGGAAGGUCUGAUACGUUGUAGUGCGGCCUGGUAUGUCAAUUAAUAAUUAUGCUAGCCAAGUAGCCUUGCCAUCUACGUAGCCUGGAAAGCGGUGAGCGGAAGAACCCCAGUCUGCAUUGUCCGCCACGACACUCUGCAUAGAUAGCUCUGGGUUUUGUGGAUUGGGGAAACAAGCCUUCAACUCUUGGGGUUCCCUCAUUUUGAUAAAGAAUUCGUGCGUUGUGAACAGGUGAUAUUGUUGAUAUUUUAAGUACGAGUUGAAAGUAUUUGGACGACGUACAUUAUAUACGGAAGGGAGUGGGAGAGUGUCGAUAGAGGUUGACAAUGGGUAGUGAGUCCCAGCACAUAAUGAGUCAUACUAAAAUCCGGAUACUGUCCGGAUUACACUUUUUCUAAAUCGAAAAUUAAAUACAAGUUUUUAUUGGUGGAA